UCUUUUUUAGUGUACCUUCCAUUUAUUACCUUUGUCUUUUGCCUCCAUUCCCUCUCCAUCCACUAAAUGCUUUGAUUUCCCUCCCUUCCCCCCCAUUACCUUUUAGCCACUGAGCUUUGCAGCUCUCUCUCUCUCUCUCUCUCUCUCUCUCUCUCUCUCUCUCUCUAGAUCUCUCUCCAUUAUUCUUAUAAUUAACUUAGGGUUCCCUCAUUUGGAGAUCACCCUUCUGUAAAUCUGUUAUAUAUGCUCAGAUUACAAAGUAUAUUUAAGAGAGAGAGCCAGCUCUGAAAUUAAUUUGAGAGCUGAUCUAGUAGUUCACAAUAGGGGAAAAGGAAAGUAGUAUUUUUCUUUUUUUAUCUAUUCAUUUUGAUCUAAGAAACCUAUCUGGAUCAUAAUCAGGUAUAUAUACAGGCAGCUCAUCUAUAUCUUCUCAAAAAAUAUGUGCAUAUAUAGAAUAAUAUAUAUAUAUAUAUAUCAGGCAAAAACAGUGAUAGCUAAAGAGAUAGAGAAAAAUAUGGCAUCAUCAUCAUCGAGCACGUACAACUCACCAUGCGCAGCUUGUAAGUUCUUGAGGAGGAAAUGCAUGCCUGGUUGCAUUUUUGCGCCUUACUUCCCACCAGAGGAGCCACAAAAGUUCGCCAAUGUCCACAAAAUUUUUGGUGCAAGCAACGUGACAAAGUUACUCAACGACCUCCCUUCUCACCAAAGGGAGGACGCAGUUAACUCUCUGGCUUACGAGGCCGAGGCCCGAGUCAGAGACCCUGUCUACGGCUGUGUUGGAGCCAUUUCUUUCCUCCAAAGACAAGUCCAUAGGCUGCAAAAGGAGCUCGAUGCAGCCAACGCAGAUCUCAUCCGCUUUGCCUGCACCGAGAUGCCCCCGCCCCCGCCACUGGCCCCUAAUGUAUCAGAUCAUCAUCAUCUGAAUAACAUUAUUCAUGAUCAUCCAAUGAUGUCUGGUCCACCAAGGCAAGGAGCAGGAGGGGGAGAUAGUCAGUUCUAUCAUCAUCACCCAAUUGGUGGUGGUGGUGGCUUUUCUCUUCCUUACAAUACUACUUCUCUCCCUUGGAGUCAUGACAAUAUCAACGAAGGAGGAGGUGGAGAAGGACACCUUUGAUCAAAUUGUGAUGAGAGAAAGAAGAAAUAAAAAAGAAGAAGAAGGUAUAAUAAUCAAAUCUCUCAUCUAGGGUUUUCUUUAUAUAAUUUGAGUCUUUUGGAAUUGUUAUAUAGUAGCCUCACGUGAUGAGUCGUUUUCUAUAUUUUUGCUUUUUUCAUUCAUCCUGCUAGAGAGUCUAUAUAUAUUUAUAUAUAUUUGAUAUUGUUUUUGGUGGGUUUUAGUUAUAUUAUUAGUAUUCAAAAACCUUGUAUUAUUGUGUGUGUGAGCUUAUUUUUGGGGUCAUGAGUAGGUUUUUAUAUAUUUAUAUAGGGACCUAAUUAAUAAAGGCUGUACUACUCUUGAUUGAUCAGUAUAGUAGUAUAGCUAUAGAUAACUAUUGUAAUAAGUAAUGGGAUGAAAUAAUGUCUUUUAUUUUUUUUUAUUGUGUGUAAUUAGUGCAAUUCUGAUCAAGGUAUUCGCAUGCGGAUUGGAGUUGACAUUCUGUCCACAUUGUUUUAUGGUUCUCUCAAGAAUAAAUGAAAUAAAAACUAUAUAUUACUAUAUUUCUUAUAAUAAAGAGGAUUAUUCUUCACCCUAA